AUGAGCGCUUCGGAAUUCCUAGAAUCGUCCCCAAUUUCUAUCGAUGAUGUCCCAAUUGACUUCGAACUCCCAGUGCCUUCCACGCCUGCUUCUUCUGCCGAGAGCUCAUUGACGCCGUUCUCCCCGCCGCCGACGACAUUGCCCACUCCUGAUAAGUACGAUACGCGUCUUUGGGGACAUUUUCCGGGUUGGGUAUGGUCAGAAAGAAGCAAAGACAACUACUCAUGGGCUUGGGAAUAUGGAUACGACAUACAACAUGACGACGAGCGCAGAUGGGUCUGCAAGCCGUGUAUUCAGAAGAACGACCCCAGACCUAAGAAUUUCGUUGCUAUUGGCCUUCAGAAUGCGCUGAAUCACUUAUACAAGGAUCACGGAAUAUCUGCACCAGAUAACAAGACAAAGUCCGGCUUGCAAAAGAAAGCCGAGGAGAAGCCAGGGAGCAAGAGGCCAAGAUCGAUUGUGGAUAUAUGGAAGCUCGACCCUUUAAGACCUCGAGAACAGGCGAUUGCCAACUCUAUGAUACGCGGAUUUAAUCGAAAUCACUUUCAACGUCUCCUGAUCGAGUGGAUAGUCGACACGAAUCAGCCCUUUAGUGUUGUUGAACAUGAGAGACUCCGGGAUAUCUUCGAAUACCUUAACCCUGCAGUCAAGAUCACGAACGCCAACAUCUCUGAUACCACAGUUCGCGCGCUCAUCAACUCCGAAUUUAAAAAGCACAAGGCGCGCGUCAUUGAAGCCCUGCGAAAGAGCCCCGGCUUAAUACACGUCAGCUUUGACGGAUGGAGGGCGCGGAAUCGACACUCGUUAUACGGUAUCGUGUGCUUCUUCAGGGACGAGAAUAGCAAGCCCCACAAGGUCGCUCUGGGGGUCCCCGAAGUCCGCAGACAUUCGGGGAACAACAUUGCAACAGAAGUCCUUUAUACCAUCGAGGCUUUUGGCAUCGAGGAGAAUAUUGGGUAUUUUACCCUUGACAAUGCCGAGAACAACGACACAGCACUUGAGGCUAUUGGCAAAAAGCUCGGCUUCAAUGGCGCUCGAAGGCGAGGCCGCUGCUUCGGCCAUAUAGUCAAUCUGUCUGCGAAGGCACUACUGUUCGGGAAGGAUACAGACGCGUUCGAAGAACAACUUUCUGGUGCAGAAGCGCUGUCUGAAGCCGAAUACGAACUUUGGCGACAGAAAGGGCCGGUUGGGAAGCUCCAUAAUUUCGUCGUGGAUGUUGAUCGAUCGGACAGACUGACAUACCUGUUGAAAGAACUUCAAGAGUACGACAUAUCCAUGUCGGACGAUCCGAAAAUACGGUCAAAAAGCCCCGUCUCGGUAGUGCUAGAUAACGAUACGCGCUGGCUUUCCCAGCUCUAUAUGAUCCGCCGCGCCUUGAGACUUCGAAGGUACUUCGAACUGCUAGUCGCGAAGUUCCGAAUCCAAUGGGAGGAGGAGAAUACAUCAAAAAGAACUGGCCAGUUGAAAAAGUCGGCUGUCCGGCCUCGAAUCCUUAGAGACGAGAACCAACUUACGGCCAACGAUUGGUCUGUACUUCAACACUUCGCGACGAUCCUUGGAUACUAUGAAGAUGCAGUCAAGACUCUAGAAGGCGACGGUUUAAUCAGGAAACGCAAGAGGGGUUAUACUGGUUCAUAUGGGAGCGUUUGGGAUGUGAUCAAUGGGUUUGAAUUCCUGCUUGGCAAGCUCGAAAAAUAUAAGGCGAUGGCAAAAGAUUUUCCUGACCCCGAACAGUUCAGGAUCGGCAUAAAUAUGGCCUGGGAGAAAUUAGACAAGUAUUACACUAUUCUCGACACAACACCGAUAUAUUAUACCGCCCUCGCACUCCACCCGGCAUACAGAUGGGGAUGGUUCGAGCAGGCCUGGGUACAUAAGCCCGACUGGAUCAGAUCUGCAAAAAGGAUAGUUCAAGAAGUGUGGGACGAGUCCUAUCGAGAUUUCCAUAUUGUGGUGGCCUCAAAUGACGAGCCUGUUGCAAAACGACAGAAGCAAUACUACAAUGCCUUCGAAGAGCAUUGCGAACAGUCCCGUAUCGACUCCAUACAGACAGAGCCUCUACUGGACGACGACACGAUUGGCGACGAAUACGAACGAUGGCAAUCGAGCCAUGAGAGCACUGACAAGACUGUGCGAGAUCCGAUAGCGUAUUGGCAUGAGAAGCGCCUGCAAUACCCUCGUCUCUCCCGAAUGGCCCUCGACUUUGUCACAAUACAAUCAAUGUCUGCAGAAUGUGAGAGGAUGUUCUCGGCAGCAGGGCAGAUGGUUGUUCCCCAACGGUGCAAUCUUCAGGCGCAAACAGUUGGGAUGUGUCAGGUAUUGAGGUCGUGGUUUCGGGCAGGCAUUAUCAACGACCUAGAUCCGUUAUUUCUCUCGAUCAUAGAGGAGAAGAAAGAGCUCGAGGGCAUCCAUCUUAAUGAUGAUGAGUUCAGAAGACGGGAGCUAUCGUGGCUCGCUGCCGCGGCGAAAACAGCUGGCCAUUGA